AUGGGCUGCACAAGUUCGGUACAAUCCAAGAACCAAGCGGUUCAUCCUUUGGUCUCCAGCUUGGUAAACAACAAAGUUUCAAUCUCAGUUUCUGAAGAAAAUAAAAUCAUUCUGCGAGAAUCAUGGAAAACUUUGGACUUAAGGAGAACCGCGGCAGGAAAGAAAGUAUUCGCAAGGUAAAAACGUCUAAUGUUGUUUCGAGCUAAGGAAUAAUUUUGUAUGAGAAGCUCUGUGAGGUGAAAAAUAGAGCUCAAUCCGCAGGCGCUUUCUCUUGUCACGUUUUCGCGCGAGGUCUUGGAAGAGGGGAACGAGGCAAGCUUCUCUCGAGUUUUCCAGACCACUCCCCAGUUACGUAAAACUUACGAAAUCUAGGGUUGUUUAAGAUACCCAAACGAAAAUUGCUCUGAUAUCAGCAAAAAUUUCUAAAGUGUCACGUAUGGCAUGUUAGAACAAUUUUCAUUUGAAUGUCGAAAGUGAUCCACAGAGAUUAUUUUGGUUUUGCCUAAAUUCGGUCUGUGAUUGGUCUUCUAAACUUACAUCAUCCUCUUAACUAAUCAGACGCACAACGAAAACCAUUCUUUACUUGGUAGCCCGCGUUUUCCCGCGUUUUCGAUAGUUUGUCUGUUUCAUUUAAAAGUUCAUUGGCUAAUGAUGAUUUAAACCUUUGUUAUGAUUGGAUGUUGUGAUUACUUUGGUUCUGGUUUUUCGGCAGUAAAUUGAAAACUGCUGUAAAAAAACGGAAUGUAAGGUUAAUUCAGUUACAAAACUGAUUUCUGUUUCCCUGAAGGCUUCUUGAACUGAAUCCCAACCUCCAGGACGCAUUUCCCUCGUUUAGAGGCGUGGCUUUGGACGAAGUUAUGAAUUCCCGCUCGUUGUUUCUGCACUCCAAGCGUUUAAUGGCUGUAGUGGAAGAAACUGUGUUAUCUUUAGAUGAUGCCAAGGAGCUGAUUGAAGAUCUUACGAACCUUGGGGAAAGACAUUUAGCGAUGUCUAUCACUGAGAAACACUUAAAGGUAAGAAAUCUUAUGUACCUGAAAGCUACCCUGUUAUUGUACGAGAUGGCUCCUGUCAUCAGUUCGUGGAUAAAACUCUCGCGAGUGACCAUUACAAUGAAUGAGUCUGAAAAAUACUUACAGGUAGGACUGAUCUUGGACAUCUCAGAGAUAUUCAGAAGAAUGCAGCAUAAAUCAAUAAAUUAUUUCUGAAAGGUAUCUGGAGAUCUCCUUGAAAGAAGUAGUUCUAAACAAGUCCUAAGCGGUUAGGGGCUGGCGUUUGACCUUGCAACUCUGAUGGACUAGUACGUCCAUGUGGUACUCUUCAUUAUCGUGCUCUACGAAGUGGAUUUGAUGUUCAAGUCGGUGGAUAGAAUACCAGUGUGUCUAAUUAGAGCCAAAGAGCAAAAUUUCCAUAUCUAUUCUGCUGUACACUGUGGCUCCAACUACAAUCGGCGACAAAAUUUUUGACACAUUGAACUUAUCAACCCACUAUAACUAUAACUUGCCCUUAUUAAGUUAACCUAUUCGCCCCCUUCCUCCCCUCCCCCCCCCCCCAUCCAAAAACAAAGACAAAAACAAUGAGGUAUCGUGAUUCCAUGAACUUUCGCUACAUACGGGCAACAUUGAAUGGGGAGGGGGUAAUGUCAAAAUUAAGUGUGGGAAACUGGAGUUAAAUGAAUAGAACUUUUAGUAAUUUUGACGCUGAAAAUUUAGUCUCAUUAACCUCGAAAAAAAAAAAAUGAUUGAAAUCUAAUUCUUAAAAAUGUUUUUAACAUUUUUCUUGUUUACCAGUCGAGCUUAGGAAGAUCAUAACACCCUCAACCAAUUUUUAACAAGAUGGAUCAUAACCCCAACAUGGCCAACAUUUUAACCUUUAGUCGCUACUGGGAAUCUUUUUUAUGUUACAUUGUUUAUUAUGCUCUUUAAUAAAUUAGAUAUAAAACUACGUCCUUGUGGGAAACGUUAACCCUGAAACGCUUGGUGGGAAACGCGUUUUCAACUUUCUUUCAGGUCAUGGAAGAGGCCUUUGUCCUCAUGUUACAAGACAUUCUUGAAGGAAGUUGCUCGGAACAAAUUAUAAAAGCCUGGAGAGAAUUGUUUGGAUUCAUGGCUAAAACCAUGUUGACAGGACAAGAACAAGCGAGCAAUAACUUACUUUCGUAA